GCUCCCUCACAAGUUCUUACUCCACUGCUUGCCCUGCAGGAAGUAUGUCCCAAUAGUAUGAGGUCAACAGAUACGGUAGGGGCUUUCAUACAGGGGUUUCUCAAGGGUCAUGUGUGCAUGAGAUACUCUAGUAAUCAUCAGGAAUGGUUUAUCUGUCACUUGCUUUCAAACUUUUUGUUUUUCUUUUCAGGAUUUGUUCUCUUACUCAUUUGAGAAUCCAUUGGCCCCCUGGCUCUUUGCUUUGCCACAGCUAUAAAGAGUAGUAUGCCAUUUCAAAGAUGUAUAUUUCCUCUUUAUUAAAGUGCAUUCAUCCUUUAGCUAGAAUAUGACUUAAAUUCUAUAGAAAGUAAAAUUAAAGACCUACCUAAUAUAAGGUAGGUAGGACUGACUGUGAUAUGACUAAGACUGUACAUGCAUUUACCCUUUUCCCCUUAAUAUAAUGGAGAAGGGCCUAAGCUGAGAUCUGAAAUCCAAACCACUCUUGCUUCUUAGAGCAAUUCUGAUCUCUAAACUUAGUAGGUCAGUGUUAUCUUUAAUUUAGAACUGAAAAUUUUGUAUAAAUAUUGUCUUUUCACUUUUACUCUUUAAUUUUUUUAAAUUUUCUUUUGCACUCCAAACAUCUUCUGGUUCUAAUAACAGUAGGAGAAAUGUCCAAAAAUCAAUGGAUUUGGUUCUUAUUAGUAAUGAAUCAUGUGGAAAUGACAAGUAGUCAGAACUCUGAAGAUUUGCCUCCAUUAUUACACAAGGCUGUGGAGGAAGUAAUAGCUGGAAAAUAUCUUAAUGCUUUCCUUGAUAUACUCCAUUUUCAAAGCACUAAUGCAUGGACACCAGAUAUGCUUAAAAAAAUUAUGGGCUAUUUUCAUGAUCAGGAAGUUAUAUUUACAGUUGGCAGCCUCCAGACUUCUAUAAAAAACAACUUGGAGAAUCUUUUAUACCAGCCCAAACAACUGCUGUCAGAUUUUCAACAGACUGAUCAUCAGCAAUUUCAAACUGCAAUGAAAUUUCUCUUCAGCAGCAAAAAGCAUCAUUUGGAAUUGGGAAGUGUUGUUCUGGAUUUGGACGGGAUUAGAGAGAGAGUUUUUCAAAGCCCAGGAAUAAACAGGACACUGUUCUUUAUUACACUGGAAAAAUGCUUUGUGGCUUUGAGUGCUAUGGAAUGUGUGGAUAUACUAAGCCAGAUUUUGCGGGUAUCUUCAGUGAGCUAUCUUCAACCUGCUGUCAUUGGCAACCUCCCAAAAGAUCUUCAGGAAGAUGCUUUCAGAAACUUGUCUGUCAUGUUCAAGGACCUCUAUGACAAAACAACAGCAAAUGCACAAAGAGCUCUGUAUGACUGGAUGAAACAGAUUUUACAAAAAUCGUACAGUGCCAGUGAAUUAAAUGAGUCAGCCUCUUGGGUCAGUGCAGAAAACCUGUGGAUUUUGGGAAGAUAUAUGGUACAUCUCCCAUUAGAAGAAAUUAUGAAAAUUAGUCUUACUGAAAUGAAACAAUUCAUUAGCUAUGACAAUGCAACAAAACAGCUGGAUACAGUAUAUGAUAUCACACCAGAACUUGCGCAGGCUUUUCUAGAAAGAAUAAACUCAUCAGGAUUUGAUAUGAGAAACACCUCAACUAUCUACAGGCAAGACUUAUUUUUUGGUUGUCUUUGAAAAUGGUCUUUAAGGGAAGUUGAAGAACUGGCGAGGGGAAUGGGGGACUGCAUUACUCCCUGAGACAGCUAAAGUUAUAGAGUCUUUUACUCCUGGGUUUGUGGUUAAAAUCCAGCUUUGGCUAAUAAUAACUGAAAGUCAUUGGAAUCUCAUGGACUUUGGAGCUGGUCGUACUGAUAUCGCUCCAGCUACCUAGUAGAUGGGUAUCUGGAUUAUUGGUGGCAUCACAGCAAUUUCUAGGAACCCCUAGAAAUUGUGCAGACAAGCAACCAACAACACCCCUGCUUUCGAACAGUUACAAUCUAGAUGUUGGACAAGACAGAUAAACAUGGUGUGGGGGAGCUGGGAGACUGAUGCUCAGUAAAAUAAAGCAGCUUAGCAGAAAGUAAGUCACAUCACUUGCCUAACCACUGCAAGUGGUGCUACCACUUGCUACUUGACAAGAAGACUUUCAGGAGGGACUUUCCCUUCAAUCUCCCCACAACCAGGAAUAUCACUUGUCACCCAUGUUACCAUCCUCACCAGAGAGACUAAGGAAUGAAUAGUCAGAAAAAAUGAUCUCCCUUCCCUGCUAGAGGAGGGAGCCUUAUGAGUACAUUUGGAUGCAUUGUUUCCUAUCCUGCAGCAGUUCUGUAUGCAGAGGACAUCCAUCUUCAAGGCUGUCAAACUGGCACUAAACUCACUUUAACAAUAAUAAAAUAAAGAGUGAGAGAGAAAAUAAACUUUUCUUUCUCAUAAAUGCUUGGUUAGCAUGAACCACCUGGAAGAAAAUGCUGUUCCUUUCCGUUUACAUUACAUUUUGUCAUAUAAAUGGUCCUAUUUAUUCCCCAGUCACCACUAUCUGAAGUUACUUGCAGCUCCUUGGGGAAUUUCUUGGGGUUUUCAAAUUGAUAAACAAUACUCUUUAUGGCUUCAGUUCUCCUCUGAUUACGGUGGUAUAACUCACUGAUUUCAGUGGAGCUAUUAGUGAUGUACAUAGGUCUAAGCAAAAGGAGAAUUUGUAUUUCUGUGUCAAAAAUGAUGGGUGAAAUGCUCAUAUGGCUUACUGCUCAUAAGAGAGGCCAAUUUCAUCCAAAUUGGAGGAAUGUCACGCUCCAUAAUCCUUAACAUAUUCCAUUCUUACAACACACUUAUUUUAUAUUACUCAUUUUAACCAUACUGAUGAUUUAAAAUGCACUUUUACUUUUCAGAAGUAAUGUUAUACAGUGCUACCAAUCCCAGAGGGGAUGUGGAGCUUGUGGUGGCUGUGCAGUAAUGCAUCAGGUAGAUGGUAACUACUUGUUAUAAAAGUGAGGUUGUAGAUAUUUCUCCAGUUUGUAUGCAAGUAUGAUGGUGUCCUAUGAAUGCCAGUGGGGUGCUCACACAGUAGUUUGUUACGCUGCUGCGCAGAUUGUUGUUAAGUGAAGUGCAGACUAUUUCAUCUGAUCUGGAAUGCACAUUUUUACCAGGCUUGUGACUCAGCUGCACUAUAUAUCUGUCCAUAUGUCACAGUUACACUCCAUGGUUCCCAUCCUAUGAGAGUGGCUAUCGUGGCCACUUGUGUUGUUCACUUUUCAUAGAUUUCAUAGACAUUUGGGCU